UCGGUUCCCUUGCGGUGAUCGACAACAGCCAACACGCUUUUGGUGGAGAACUUGGAGAGGGUUCGUCUCAAUUGGUUUACGGCCGUCAAUGAGUUGCGUAUAGCGAAGGACCAGUUGAUGGCCGCCAAUGAAGAGAUCCAAUCACUGAACUCGUCGGUGACUCGCGUGAGGCGUGCGUUUGGCAAAGAAGUCAAGCAAAAGGACUACUAUAGACGACAGGCGCUCGAACUCCGCAAACAGAUUCAGUCCAUCAGAGACUUUGUGGUGAAUGGGACGGACAGUAGCCAAGAGACUAAAGACCGGGUACUCUAUUACAUCCAUAUGGACCCCAUCAUCGAGAAGUCGACCGAUUUCAUCGAUGGCAGCAGUGAAGAGGAUCUCAUCGACCAGUCGGCCUAUCAGAUGGUCACCUCUACAAUGGAGCUCAAGACUGUGGUCAUCGAUGAGACUAUGAUCGAUAGUGAAGUACCGCUGAAAGAGCGCUCCAAACGAGACCGAAGUCACAGCGACUCCGACGUCGCGGUCGAUAAGUGCGACCAUUUGGGUCGCAAACAACUGAAGUCGGACUCCGAGUUCAUCGAAGAUUUGCGAAACAUCGCCCGCAAGACGACAGCCGCGAGCGCUGCCGACCUGAAGGCAUCGGUAGCUGAGUUAACGAAACAAGUUUCCAAGAGUUCUGUGGUCUCGAGCGCCGAUCUGGUCAUCAAAACGCAUACAUUCCGCUCCAAAAAGGCACUCAUAGGCACCCAAUGCGGCGCCUGUCACCAGAAGGUCCAGUUCCUCACCACAUACAUGGUGUGUGAGGUGUGUCUGGGUGUCGCUCACGUCUGCUGCAAAGAACGGCUGCCCACGCCUUGCAUACCAUUUCGCAAACAGCAGCCGAAGCAGAGACAGACCUCCCGCAAGAGCCUCGUGAGCCCCACCGAUCACAAGCUUAUGUCGCUUAUCGCCGACUUCGCGCCCGACAUCCGACCGAUGGUGCCGUCCCUUAUGAUUCACGUGUGCAAUGAGUUGGAGGGCCGGGGGCUCACCGACGAGGGCUUGUAUCGCAAGUGUGGCUCAGAUUCUACGGUGAAGGCGUUGAAAGAGAAGCUGUUGAAGGUUAAGACGAGGACCCAAUCGCUGGAGACCUACCAGAGCCACGACCUCACGAAUGUGCUCAAGAAGUUUCUGCGCGAGUUGGACGAGCCGUUGAUCACUCGAGUCCUGUGGCGCGACUUCAUCCGCGCGGCCGACCAGACAACCCGGGAGGCGGUGAACGACCUCUUGUUCGACACCAUGGAUCAAAUGCCGACCGCCAACCACGACAGCCUGGCCUUCCUCAUGAGGCACUUGCACAGAGUGGCCGCCAAUUCGCACGUGAAUCUCAUGGACGCGAAGGCUUUGUCGCGAGUGUUUGCGCCGACACUCGUGGGCUCGUCGGCACCCAAUCUGCCCACUCAUCAGAUGGCCGUCGAAGUGAAGCUCCAGAUCGGGCUCAUGGAGGCGCUGUUCGGCAUACCGGAGGAGGCCUACCAUAACAUGAUAGUCAGCGCUGAGCUGUCGUACGUCCGAAACGAGUGGUCGCCCAACACUCGCAACACUUCUAAGCGGAGGUCACAGCGAGCGACUACCGGUCCCCUAACGCCGCUCCGAAGUAAAACCAUGCGACCCAUUCGCGAGGGCGGCGCCGCCGAACAGCACCUGGAUCUGAGGCCAAUGUUUUAAGUUUUUUUUAUUUCAAAUGGCUUUUAAUUUUUAGUUCAUUUUAUAAAUACCGUAAAUAUAUAAAUAUAGAUAUUAUAAUUAGGCUCUAAAUCUACAGUAUUUAUCACGUG